AUGUCGAACCUCGCCGAUCCAGUCGCGUUCGCAAAGGAUUUCCUUGCCGGUGGUAUCUCCGCUGCCGUCUCAAAAACCGCAGUAGCCCCUAUCGAGCGUGUCAAACUGCUACUUCAAGUACAGCAUGUGAGCAAGCAGAUCGCCGUAGACCAGCGCUACAAAGGUAUCGUCGACGCCUUCGUCCGCAUUCCCAAAGAGCAGGGUCUGCUCUCCUUCUGGCGUGGUAACUUCGCCAACGUCAUCAGGUACUUCCCCACCCAGGCGCUUAACUUUGCUUUCAAGGAUAAGUACAAGCAGGUCUUCCUCGGAGGAGUAGACAAGAAUACACAGUUCUGGCGCUACUUCGCCGGUAACCUUGCGUCCGGUGGUGCCGCCGGAGCCACCUCGCUAUGCUUCGUGUACCCACUCGACUUCGCCCGUACCCGUCUGGCCGCCGAUGUCGGCAAAGGCGAUGGCCAACGUGAGUUCAGCGGCCUCGGCAACUGCCUUACCAAAAUCUUCAAAUCUGACGGUCUCAUCGGUCUGUACAGGGGUUUCGGUGUGUCCGUACAAGGUAUCAUUAUCUACCGUGCGUCAUACUUCGGUUUCUACGACACCGCCCGCGGCAUGUUGCCUGACCCCAAGAACACACCCAUCGUCAUCAGCUGGGCCAUUGCGCAAACCGUUACAACAGUUGCCGGUAUCAUCUCGUAUCCCUUCGACACGGUCCGUAGGCGUAUGAUGAUGCAGUCUGGACGUGCCAAGGCUGAUGUCCUGUACAAGAACACCAUUCACUGCUGGGCCACCAUCGCCAAGACCGAGGGAGCCUCCGCCUUCUUCAAGGGAGCCUUCUCCAACGUCCUCAGAGGAACGGGUGGUGCUUUCGUACUCGUCUUAUACGACGAGAUCAAGAAGGUCAUC